AUGGCAGAUAUAAUAAAUGACUUAGAAAAGAAGUUUUCACUGAAAGAAGAACAGUUAAGUGCAUUGAGAGGCACAAAUUUACAGGUGGAAGAAUUGAUUGGUCGGUACAUAUCAAAAGAAAAGUCCGGUGGAAUUACAAACCAGCGUUAUUCCCCAGCUCUCCGAACAUUUGCACUUACCUUACAUUACUAUUCGCCCAAAGCGUAUAAUUACGUAAGAGAUACAUUUAAAACAUGCUUGCCUCAUGUGCGUACUUUACGAAAAUGGUACACAAGUAUAAAAGGAGAACCAGGCUUCACAGAUGAAUCCUUCAAAGCCCUUAAGGCAAAGUCAAAUUCAAUAAAAUAUCCAAUCAUAGCUGGUCUAAUGAUAGAUGAAAUGGCAAUAAGACGUCGUAUAGAAUGGGACGGAGUAAAACUGCACGGGCAUGUUGAGAUCGGUAGCGGAAUAGAAGGUGACCAUAUAACGGAAGCAAAGGAGGCAUUAGUUUUUUUAGUGACUGGCAUUAACUGUAAUUUUAAGGUGCCUAUGGCUUAUUUUUUGAUUGACGGAAUGACUGGAGUUCAACGAGCUGAACUAGGAAAACAAUGUCUGGAAAAAAUACAUGAAACGCGAGUAAAAAUUGUUUCUCUAACUUUUGAUGGCUAUGCCUCUAACAUAGCUAUGUUGAAACACCUGGGAUGUAACUUUGAAGAGGGAAAAAUGAAAUUUGAAGAUCCGGUCACAAAAUAUCCAAUUAUGGCACUUUUAGAUCCAUCUCACAUGGUUAAGCUAAUACGCAACGCAUUUCAGGUCUACCAAGUGUUUGUUGACGAGAAUGGCAAAAAAAUAAAGUGGUCCUACCUUGAGGAACUAAACAAGCUCCAAGAAAAGGAAAAAUUUCGUUUGGCGAACAAGUUGAGAUAUCGGCAUAUACACUAUCACAAUCAAAAGAUGAAAGUUAAACUUGCCACCCAAUUAUUUAGUUUAAGCGUAUGUAAUGCCAUAGAUUUUUGCAGAGAAGAACUAAAUUUACCAAUUUUUCGUGAAAGUUUACCAACAACAGUUUUCUUAAAAACAAUAAAUAAUUUUUUUGAUAUACUUAAUUCAAAAAGCAUGUCACAACACGGUUAUAAAAAACCUAUUAAUGAAAAUAAUGCUAAAGAAAUUUUAGAAUAUAUAGAUAAAGUUGCUGGCUAUAUAUCUAAUUUAAAGUGUGACAAUGGCCCACUUUUGAUUGAAAGCCAAAGGAAAGUAGGUUUCAAAGGGUUUAUCGGCUGCGCUGUAGCUGUCAGACACUUUUAUGAGACUCUUGUUCAAACUGGAGAAUUGGUCUUUUUUCCUUUUUAUAAAACAAGCCAGGACCAUCUAGAAUUACUUUUUGGCAAUAUUAGAUCUCAUGGUGGAUCUAAUAACAAUCCGACAGCCAGGCAGUUUAAAGCAGCAUAUAAAAAACUAUUAGUUCACAUAGAACUCAAGGAUUUCGGCAGUGGCAACUGUAAUGCGCUUGAACAGUUAUCUAUUUUAACCUGCUCAGCUGUUGACCGGAUUAAUUUGACCACGCCGUCAACAGAAAAAGCUUGCGACGACGAAUCAGACAAUGAAUUCCAAGAAGAAAUGCUGGAUCAUUAUUAUUUGACAGAUUUCAGUAUGCAAGUUAUAGGUUAUAUAGCUGGCAACGGGCAAUAA